GAAAACAACAGUGAAAAAGCAUCGGCGGAUUUUUCUGCUCUCUUACUUUCUUUCCACUCUGCUGCUACUUUGCUCCGCCAGCAUGACGACGGCGUCGUUUACGGAGCUUGACGACGAUUUGGUUCGAAGCAUGUCCAUAGGAGCCGUCUUCUCCGACUUCGGUGGGAUGAUACAUUCGAUUGAUUUCCAUCGAAAGGAUGAUUUACUUGUCACGUCUAGUGGGGAUGACUCGGUGCGACUUUACGACAUUGCUAAUGCUAAGUUAUUGAAGACCACUUCUAAUAAGAAACAUGGUACUGAUCGUAUAUGUUUUACUCAUCAUCCAAGCUCUGUUAUAUGCUCUUCAAAGUACAAUUUGGAGUCUACUGGAGAAUCAUUGCAGUAUUUAUCAAUGUAUGAUAAUCGCUGCCUACGAUACUUCAAAGGGCAUAAACAGAGAGUUGUUUCUCUCUGCAUGUCUCCAAUCAAUGAUAGCUUCAUGUCUGGUUCUCUAGACCACAGUGUUAGGAUAUGGGAUCUUCGGGUAAAUGCUUGCCAGGGCAUCUUACGUCUACGUGGUAGACCUGCUAUUGCCUAUGACCAACAAGGCCUGGUCUUUGCUGUAGCAAUGGAAGGGGGAGCUAUUAAAUUGUUUGAUUCUCGUUCUUAUGACAAGGGUCCCUUUGACACCUUUCUAGUUGGUGGUGACACAGCCGAAGUUUGUGAUAUCAAAUUCAGUAAUGACGGAAAAUCAAUGCUUCUGACUACUACUAAUAACAAUAUUUAUGUUCUUGAUGCAUAUGGAGGAGACAAGCGUUGUGGAUUUAGUUUGGAACCAUCUCCUGGUACCCCAAUAGAGGCUACAUUUACCCAAGAUGGGAAGUACUUGGUGGCAGGAUCUGGAAGCGGAACCAUGCAAGCUUGGAGUAUUGAGAUGAAAAAUGAGUUACCAUCGACUGGGGAUUCCAAUUCCAGCUACCACCAUUUGGUGGCAUGUUGGACCAGCCAUAUUGGUGUUCCUUCGUGCUUGAAGUGGGCCCCUCACAAGGCCAUGUUCGCUGCAGCUUCAAGUGUUCUCACGUUUUGGAUACCCAAUAAUGAUUCAAAGCUAAAUAAUGGUGGCACAGAUGCUGAAGCUGGACCUUAACCCCAACAUUGAAUUAAAUAUGCUCUUCCUGUCCCAGCCCAGCCACAACUUUGUUUUUGUUGUUGUAUCAAGAAUUUAACUAACGCACUUCAGAAAAAAAAAAUUGACUAACUUGGGAAUUUGGUAAGCUACAUAGUUUUGAUACAUUUCUUGAAAAUUUUGAUGAUGCUCCAGGAUGUUUGUCAAUUCAAUUCAAUUGUAAAUCCCAUCACCGAAUGCAAUUUAUGUUGAAGUUUUAGCUACA